GUUCUUGCAAAACAUCAGGGAAAGGCAUAGCCAUAGAAAAAAGGGCACCCGCAAGUGGCUUUUUGCCACCGAGAUGGAUCAAAUGUUUGGAGUACCUGUUGCAACCCUGAUGCGAACCCGCAAGUUAGAAAACGCAGAGCUUCGUGCCAAAGAGACAAGAAACCACCCAGAACUGCCCGAGGCAGAGGAGCACAUGCAGUUUUUGACACUGGUAGAGGAUGCUGAGGAGGAUUCGCACGAAGAGGAGUUUGACAGACUCUUCACUUGUAUGGAUGAAAGCUCGAGUUCAUCCAGCAGCAGCGGUGACAAGAAGCACAAGAAAAGGAAAUCGGAAAAGCAUAAGGAUCGACAAGACUGA